AUGGCGGCGCCCAUCAGCGAGGGGCCGCCCGCCCCGGGGCCUGGCGCGGCUCCCUACGGCAACUUCCCCAAUUAUUCCCGCUUCCACCCGCCCGAGGGGCGCAUCAGCCUCCUGCCCGGCGGGCUCUUGCGGAGCCUGUUCCCCGCGGCCGCCCGCCCGCUGCUGGGGCUCGACGUGGGGUGCAACUCGGGGGAGCUCAGUGUGGCUUUGUACAGGCACCUCCUUGGCCUGCAGGAGGGCGAAGGCAGCCAGGAGCAGCCUGCAGCUGGAGAGGAUCUGAACCUCCUGUGCUGUGACAUCGACCCGGCGCUGAUCCAGAGGGCUCAGCAGGGCAGCCCCUUCCCUGCCUCCAUAUCCUUCGCCAACCUGGACAUCAUGGACUCCAGGGCCAGGGAGACGUUCCUGAGCUCCUACCUGGGCCGUUUCGGCCGCUCCACCUUCGACAUUGGUUUUUGCAUGUCUGUGACUAUGUGGAUCCACCUGAAUCAUGGGGACAGUGGCCUGGUGGAGUUCCUGUCCUUCCUCUCCUCUCUGUGCAGGUACCUGCUGGUGGAGCCCCAGCCCUGGAAGUGCUACCGAGCGGCCGCGCGGCGCCUGCGCCGCCUGGGCAGGAGCGACUUCGACCACUUCCGCUCUCUUGCCAUCAACGGGGACAUGGCAGAGAGGGUAACCCAGAUCUUAACGAGGGACUGUGCCAUGGAGCUGGUGUCUUGCUUUGGGAGCACCAGCUGGGACAGAAGUCUCUUGCUUUUUAAAUCAAAUCAUGAGGGCAGGGAGACUUCAGAACACGAGCAGGGAUGAGGAGUGGCCUCUCACCUUCAUGAACUCCUAGGCAAGGAGGUGCUUGCUGUUUACACUCAGAUCUAGGAAUACCUAAAUCCCUGCUGGGACCAGUCCUUGGCCUCCCUGGGGAGUCUGAGGCAAGCAAUGUCUGUGUGGUCUAUUUUUUUUUUCUUUCCAGCUGCAAAAUGCAGUAGCAGUUUUACCUUUCCUUGGGGAUUCUGAGAUCCCUGCUCCUGGAAAGUGCUCUUGAAAGCAAAGUUGCUACAUAUGUGCUUUCUGUGUGUACCAAGAACAUUCCCUGGAAGAAGAGAGAAUGUGCGUUUUUUUGUCCCUGAAGCUUUUCAAGGAAAGGGGAACAUUUUUUGACCCAUGUGAUGCACUGUUUGUUCUGCUUCUUGUCAUAUUUUCCUCAUAAAAUGCUUUUGGAAAAAACAUAAACUUGGUUUAUCAGCGACGGACCCGUCAGUCGGAUCAUUGCAGAGGGUGUCUGGUCAACAGAGGAUGCCCAGAGAGGUGCUAAAUGCCCCAUCCCUGGAAACACUCAAGGGGGAUUGGGCUGGAUGGACCUUUGAAGGUCUCCAACCCGAACUGUUCUGUGCUGCUGGGGGGCUGGCAGUGCUGUGCUCUCUGGGGAGUGAAAGGCUCUGUGCUUAUGGGUAUAUCAGAGUGAGUGCUUUUUGUAAUAAUAUCCUUGAAAUAAAAACAACUUAAUGUUACUGUA